AUGGGUGGCUUCGUUGUGGAGGGUAUGCCACUCAUAUCAACCGUUCCCAGCAUCGAUGGGCAGAGUCAGGCAGCCAUCCAUGGGCUGCACCAGGCACCAGACAACUAUGUUGAUCAGAACUCCAUGGGCCCCCUCUCGAAUGUGCUCACUGCAGACACCAGUGCGAAGACCGCCUGCCAGGGCCAGGCAGCAAAGAAUGCAACCGCUGGCCACACAGAUGCCUGGCAGCCUAUCGUGCACAGCACUGGAAUUCGUCACAGGGGGUCAAUCGUUCCACACGCCCCCCUGCAAGUCAUGGCCUGCCAGACGCACGUGCUGCCUGCACUGCCGCAGGCUCCAGCGGCACAGAAUCUGGACAGCCUGAUUCUGACCACCACCGACAGGUACCCCUACAACGUGAGGCAGGGCUUCGCACCUGGCACAAUAGGGAUUCCAACGCUUGGAGAGAUGGCCAUUGGACAGCCCAUGCCCGGCCCUGGACAGCCCGUGAUGGCCAUUGGGCAGCUCGCAUCAGCCAUUGGACAGCCUGUACCGGCCAUUGGGAUGCCCUACCUCCAGACCAUUACCCCUGACAACCCAUCCAUCCAGCAGCAACAGACACGAACUGUCCUCGAUCAGCAACCUGGGAGAAUGGUCAUGUUGACGCCCGCCUUGCGCGCCCUGAGGCAACACACCAGCCCGGCGAUGGCACUCAAGGACGAGGAGCUGGGCGAACAUGCACCGGGACCUUUGGGCCCAUCAACGCAGAACAUUGGCACAGAGGGGCAGCAAUGUGGGGACGGCGUUCACCCCACCCAGCAACCCAAUCAGGAGGAAGCGCCCCAGGCGUCAGGGCCGGAUGGCGACGGAGGCAAAGCCAAGGGGGACGGCAUGGGCGGCGGCGAGGUCGCCAGGACGCAGGGCAGCAGCCGCAUGUCGGUCAGGCGCGUGAUCAGGUUGCCGGCUCGGUACCAAACAGACGACGAGGACUGCCCCAAGAAGCCUCGGGAGAGGAAGCGCGCCGGGCAAUCCAGCCAAAGGCCCGGCGGCCGCAAAGUGGCCAGGGUCGACAGAAACACGGCCCCGGCAUCAACAUCCACCCAUUCCGACCAGCCCGAUUUGGCGGACGCCGCGCGAGAGGACAAGUGUCUUGUGGCACAGCCCUGCGGGGCGCCCGCAGCGGGGCCUCAGGUGCUGGUGGCCGUGGACGCCCCCGUGGGCGCGGGGGCGGCGGAGGAGGGCGGUGUGGCGGUGCUGAAGCCGACGAGGGUGAAGAUGGAGCCGACGUCCAAGUACAGGGGCGUCAGCAAGCACAGCGGCGGCGAAAAAUGGGAGGCGUCCAUUUGGGUGGAGGGGCGUCAGCGAUAUUUGGGGAGCUUCGAGGACGAGCAGUUCGCGGCCCGGAUUUACGACAUCGCCGCGCUGACGCUGAAGGACGACCGCGUGAGGACCAACUUUCCGAGGGAGGAGUAUGAUCACGCCAUGAGGGAGAUCCAGGCACUGGCCAUGCGCGAAUCGGAGGGAAACAACAAGAAAGUGAUCUACGCAUACAUUCGGAGGAUCAGCGACGGCUUCGCUCGAGGGCGGUCCCAGUACAGAGGCGUGUCCGCAGCGGGGCAGAGCGGCAAAUGGGAAGCCAGAGUGGGGGUCUUCAAGGGCAAGCAGAAUAAAUCUCUGGGCGUGUACCCCUCGGAAGAAGUGGCUGCCAGGCAAUACGAUAGGGCUCUCAUCAUUGAAAAGGGCGACGCGGCAGCAACCAACUUUCCAAUUUCUGACUACAUAAGAGAAGUGGAAAUUUAUGAGCAGAGCCUCAUAGAGAAGUGUGGAACAAUCGACGGACCUGAAAGCGACUGGCUGAGGGCCUCCGCCACGCUGCCCCUGGGGAGGGUGGGAAACCCAAACAGCCGAGCACAUUGCCUGCUUUAUGUGGAAGAUUUGAGGAAGGCCCUGAGGGGGCUGUAG